GAGUGAGUAUUGUGCACCAUUCCGCCUCAGGAAAAUGAUUGACUUGUAGCGUAUUAAAAUAGUAUAAAUAUAAAGUUAAAAAAUACCCAGAGACACUUUAUAAAAUGUAUAUGUCGUAUCUUUUGUAUAUAUAAAUGUAUAUAUGUAUAUAUUAGAGAGGGGGAUGGGGACUCUUGACUCAGGGGUGCUGCUUGUCCCGCCAUGUUGGCUCAAACACAGCCAGACAGAACGGAACCUCAAAAUCCAAAUUUGAGCCAAAAUGGACGCCGUUUCUCGCGUCAGCUGAAGGAAAUACCGCAGUUGUGCAGCAGAGGGCGCUCCGUCUCACACGUCUGGCUGGAGACAAAGAUGGCGGUGCGGAAGAAAGACGGCGGGCCGAAUGUGAAAUAUUUCGAAGCCUCUGAUACCGUGUCUCAGUUCGACAAUGUCCGCGUGUGGCUCGGGAAGAAUUAUAAAAAGUAUAUCCAGGCGGAGCCUCCCACUAAUAAAUCUCUGUCCAGUUUGGUGGUUCAGCUGCUGCAGUUUCAGGAGGAAGUUUUCGGGCGACACGUCAGCAAUCCUCCUCUCACCAAACUACCGAUGAAGAGUUUUGUGGACUUUAAGGCGGGAGGAGCGCUGUGUCACAUUCUUGCUGCUGCUUACAAGUUCAAGAGUGACCAAGGAUGGAGGAGGUUUGAUUUCCAGAAUCCUUCUAGAAUGGACCGGAACGUGGAGAUGUUUAUGACCAUAGAGAAGUCUCUGGUACAGAAUAACUGUCUGACUCGGCCGGUGAUCUACCUGAGCUCAGAGAUCGAACCCAAACUUCUGGGAAAACUGAAGGAUAUCAUUAAAAGACACCAGGGCUCAGUAACUGAUGAUAAACAGGCCAGUUCUCAUGUGGUGGUUCCGAUUCCCGCCAGUCUGGAGGAGGAGGAGUGGGUCCGACCUGUGAUGAAGAGAGAUAAACAGAUGCUGCUGCACUGGGGUUACUGGCCUGACAGUUACGAUACCUGGAUCUCAGCCAGUGAAGUGGAGGCCGUAGUGGAGGAUCCACCCAGCGCAGAGAAACCCAGAAAGGUUCAUGCUAAGUGGAUCCUGGAUCUGGAUCAGUAUAACGAGUGGAUGAAUGAGGAAGACUACGAGGUGGGUGAAGGAGGCACGAGGAGGAAAAGGAUCUCAGCUAAGACUCUGACGGAUGAAGUGAGCGCUCCAGAUGAGAGGAGAGAUAAAAAACCCGCCAACGCCAAGAAACGCAAACGCUCCCCCUCUCCAUCCCCGACUCCGCCCCCUCAGGAGAGCAAGAAGAAGAACACCAAGAAAGGGCCCACUACCCCUUACAAUAAGUCAAAGCGAGGUCAGAGGGAGGAGGAGCAGGAGGACUUGACCAAAGACCUGGACGAGCCGUCACCUGUACCUGCAGCAGAGGAGUCCCUCAAUAAAACAGUGACUAAAAAGGACUCAGACUCGACUCCGGUGAAGGGGGGGACUGAUGGAGAUGAACAGGAGGAUGAGGCGAUGGAGACGGUGGGAAAGGAGGAGGAUGAAGGUUCUGCCAGUGUGAAAGGAGAACCGGUGAAAGGUUCUGAUCUGCAUGAGGAUAACGUGACUGAACAGACGCACCACAUCAUCAUUCCCAGCUACGCUGCCUGGUUCGACUACAACAGUGUUCAUGCUAUCGAGCGUAGAGCUCUGCCCGAGUUCUUCAAUGGAAAGAACAAAUCUAAGACCCCUGAGAUUUAUCUUGCCUACAGGAACUUUAUGAUAGAUACAUAUCGGCUGAACCCACAGGAGUAUUUGACCUCUACAGCUUGCCGUAGAAACCUGGCAGGAGAUGUUUGUGCCAUCAUGAGGGUCCAUGCAUUUCUGGAACAGUGGGGUUUGAUUAAUUAUCAGGUGGAUUCUGAGAGCCGUCCCACCCCCAUGGGGCCACCGCCCACAUCUCACUUCCACGUCCUGGCAGACACGCCAUCCAGUCUCGUACCCCUGCAGCCGAAAGCCUCUCAGACUCCGUCCUCACAGCCGAUACUGUCGUUCCCGGACAAAGUGAAGGAAAAACCGACGGAUCUGCAGAACUUUGGGCUGAGGACGGACAUGUACAGCAAGAAGAGCGGCCCGUCUAAGGGUAAAAACGCUGCCAGUGCAACACGGGAGUGGACUGAACAGGAAACUUUGUUACUGUUGGAGGGUUUGGAGAUGUAUAAGGACGACUGGAACAAGGUGUCGGAGCACGUGGGCAGCCGGACGCAGGACGAGUGUAUCCUGCACUUCCUGCGGUUGCCCAUCGAGGACCCGUACUUGGAGGAGGGGGCGACGGCUCUGGGUCCGUUGGCGUAUCAGCCCGUCCCCUUCAGCCAGGCCGGGAAUCCGGUCAUGAGCACCGUGGCCUUCCUGGCUUCCGUGGUCGACCCGCGCGUGGCCUCGGCUGCAGCCAAGUCUGCUCUAGAGGAGUUCUCCCGAAUGAAGGAGGAGGUACCAGCGGCUUUGGUGGAGGCUCACGUGCGGCGUGUGGAGGAAGCGGCCCGGGUGAGCGGCAGACCAGAUCCACUGUACGGCUUGGAGGGCAGCGGCAUCGCCGGAACCGGCCUGGAGGACAGUGAUAAGCCUGAGGAGAGCAGUGACGAAAGCAAGAGCAGUGACGCUCAAAACACAGAGGACAAGAGAGACAACAGCAAGGAGAGUAAAGAUGGAGUGAGUGAGGAGGAGGAGAAGCAGGGUGAGAACGGGAAGAAAGAAGAAGAAGGAGGUAAAGAAGGAGAGACAGAACGAGAAGCAGAGAAGACAGACUCGGACACAGGUGAUGUAGAGAAGGAGAAAGAAGGAAAAGAGGGAUCAGAGGAUGGACAAAGGGAAGGAGAGAGUGAUGGAGAGAGGAAAGCGAAGGUGGAGAGAGAUGUUGGUGAGGGGAAUCUGGCCACUGCAGCUGCCUCUGCGCUCGCUGCUGCUGCUGUUAAAGCCAAGCACCUGGCUGCGGUGGAGGAGAGGAAGAUCAAGUCUCUAGUGGCUCUGCUGGUGGAGACUCAGAUGAAGAAGCUGGAGAUCAAACUGAGGCACUUUGAGGAGCUGGAGACCAUCAUGGACCGAGAGAGAGAGGCGUUGGAGUAUCAGAGGCAGCAGCUCCUGGCUGAUCGUCAGGCGUUCCACAUGGAGCAGUUGAAGUAUGCGGAGAUGAGAGCACGCCAGCAGCACUUCCAGCAGAUACAACACCAGCACCAUAGCAACCAACCCGGCAACCAGCCCGGCAACGCCCCGCCCAUCCCCCACCAAUCGGCUCCUAACGUCAACGCCCCGCCUCCUGCACCCAGCCUCACCCCGGCUGCCGCCAACACCCCCAGUGAAGCUCCGCCCACUUCUACAUCUCAUGGCUCCUCCCCCAACAACAUACAGCCUGGAGCCGUGCACGACUCCGGCACUGCACUAACAGGAGAUUCCCUUCAUCCCUCCGGCCCAGUCACCCCUGCACAGUGAACACACACACACACACACACACACACACACACACACACACAAGGUUUGAGGGGUUGAAUGAGAAGGAUGAUGAAGAUUUGUUUUUGGGAGACUUUUAAUCUUUUAAACAUUUCACUUUAAACUGUUCAGACCACAAAUCCGACUUCAACACAUUAACUAUAUACUCUAUACUCUAUAUGAUGAAAACAGUGUUAAGUGUGGGUUUGUGUGUGAUUUAUGGUCCAGUGUUUUACCUGCAGAACCCUGGAGAUGUUUCACCACCUCACUGUAGCUACUUCAGCUUCUCACAGGAGAAUAAAUAAAAAUAAGCUGCACUUUUAAAAACUUUUCCGAGACCAGAAGGAUGAAGUCCGAUUUGAACCUGAAGCACUUAUAAACAUUAUUUUACUAAAAGUCUCCUGGGGUUUUGUACUGA